CCGACCUUCACCCCGGGCGCGACAGCUCAAGAAGGAAAAGUGACGAUUACGUAGGAGAUUCCCCUCUUCUACCAUCUCACGCUAUAUUCUUUGGUUCUCCCCAAGUCGCAUUCGUGCGCACUCAUAGCCCAGAAUGGCAGCCAACAAGCAGGGCAAGAUGCAAAACCUCAUCAACUACCGGAUGAGAGUUACGUUGAACGAUGGCCGACAGAUGACCGGACAGAUGCUGGCUUUCGACAAGCACAUGAACCUCGUCCUCGCCGACACAGAAGAAUUCCGUCGCGUCAAGCGCAAAUCCAAGCCCGCCGCCGGCUCGACCACCGCCCCUCUUGUCGAAGCGGAAGAAAAGCGAACCCUUGGCCUUACCAUCGUGCGCGGUACUCAUGUCGUCUCCUGCUCCGUUGAUGGACCUCCUCCCGCCGAUCCCUCUGCCCGACUUGGUACUGCCGGCCCCGGCGCUGCUGCCGCGGCUGCCACUCUCGCUGCUGGCCCUGGAAUUAGCAAACCCGCUGGACGUGGUCUGCCCGUUGGCCUGGGAGGUCCUGCUGCAGGUGUUGGUGGACCCCCUCCUCCGCCUGGCGGUUUCCCUGGCUUCCCUCCGGGUGGUUUCCCUGGAGCGCCGCCUCCGGGAUUCGCUGGCCGUGGAGGUGCCCCAGGUGGACCCCCUGGCUUCGCUCCCCCCCCAGGAUUCGCACCCCAGGGUGCUCCUCCCGGUGCUUUCCAGCCCCCGCCGGGGUUCCAGCCUCCCGGACAGGGCCGUGGAUUCCCCCCUCCCGGCUUCGGUGGACGGUGAUUCAAAGUUUGCGCGACAUGAUGGCUUGGAAUCUGGCCAUUAUAUAGGCAUGGCAGAUGUUUUGAGCUACGACCCAAGCAACAAUAUCCACUCUCUAUUCGUCGCCAUCUUGACGACCCUCAAACGAAUAGGCAUAGCACCCCAAGUUUUACCAGGCAAGGCGUUGCGGCGUGUGCGGAUGCAGGGAAUGCCCUGACAAAAGAAAAGGUCGACCGAAAAAGGCUAGGACCGACAGAAGUAAUGCUAGAUAUAUUUCAAGCACUCAAUUGUACUAGUGAAUCCCCCAUGAGAUUUUACAGCCUUGGCCUUCUUUUCAUUG